CAGAGCGACACGCGCAGCCCCACAAGAAGCGCUCAGAGCAACACACGCGCUCAACUGACUUUUACACGAGCGGCGCGCACGUGAUUCGCGUAUAUUUGGACAAGCCUGGCGUUCCAUACGCACGGACAACUUUCUCAUGAGAAAGAAGCGAUUCGGUGAUUUAGUACGCUUAUUUGAAGUUGCACAGAAAUGGCGCUGUAGCGCGAGAUUUUUGUCCUUUUUCAGGUGAAUAGUUUCUGUUUGUUAUGCGGGCAGAUCAGCUCAGCGCUCGCGCACCUGGCCAACCCACGCCGAUGAAGUCAUGCUCCUACUUGCAUUCUAAAGACUCAGGAGCAAAAUCAGGUUCCAGUACUUAUUGUGGAUUAUAACCUUUGCAGGGUUUGAUACGUACCAUUUGUGGAUAUUUUGUUCUGAUUGGUGACUAAUAUGGAGCUGACAGGGAGAUGUGUGUUAUUCGCAGCGCUCGUGUUAAGCAUUCCUCAAAUUGCGCGUUCAGGAUGUCAGAAUCGGGUGUGUAAUCCAUGCAUGGGAAACCUGGCAGUUGGACGUCCAGUACAGACCAUCUCACAGUGUGGCUCAACCUCUCCAGAACGGUACUGUAACUAUGAUAAUGACAAAUGUGUGUUGCAUUGUGAGGUGUGCGACGUUUCCGUGACACACCACGCACACCCGCCUGCCUCCAUGACAGACUCACCCUUUAAACACCCAUCGUCCUGGUGGCAGUCUGCUCAGGGUGUUGCCAUAGAAACUCUACAACUGGACUUGGAGGUGGAAUUUUACUUCACUCAUCUCAUUAUUAUAUUCCGAACGCCACGCCCUGCUGCCAUGGUAAUAGAGCGCUCGCAGGACUUCGGGCGCUCAUGGAGCACUCUGAGGCUGUAUGCACAGAACUGCAGUGAAGUGUUCAACCUGGAGGAUGGACACAGCUGCACUCAGAAAUACUCCACAGCAUGGCCUUGUAGCAAUGGAGAGGUAAUUUACCGGGCUUUGUCACCCUGGGAAAAGCUGGAUCCCUACAGCAUCACUGCUCGAGCCCACAUCAGCAUCACUAACAUACGAAUGCGCCUACUUCAGCCACAGUCAUGUCCCUGCCUACGUAAACACCCUGAUGCCAACUUGCUCACUGCCCACUAUGCCAUCUCUGACCUCAUAUUAAAGGGAAGCUGUUUGUGCCAUGGGCAUGCAGACCAGUGUGUGCCUGCUGGGGACGAGAAGAUCACACACCCUCCUCGCAAACAUAUGGUGCAUGGUAAAUGUGUAUGUCGACAUCAUACAGCGGGGGAUCACUGUGAAAGGUGUGAUCGCCUCUACAACGACCAGCCAUGGCUGCCAGCCAACGGUUUAACCGGAGAAGCUCAUCAGUGCGUUAAGUGCAAGUGUAACAGCCACGCAAAGACCUGUCACUUUGAUGAGACAGUAUGGCUACGUUCCGGUCAGCGGAGCGGCGGUGUGUGUGACUGUCUUCACAACACCAGUGGCCGUCACUGCCAACAGUGCAAGAGCAGCUUCUACAGAGACCCCGAGAAACCCUUGACUGACCCAGAUUCCUGCAGACUGUGUAUGUGCAAACAUGUUGGAUCCACAUUCUGUAACCCUGAUAAUGGAGAUUGCACUUGUAAGCCAGGUGUGGCUGGGCUGCAUUGUGACCAGUGCAAGCUGGGAUAUUGGGGUUUCAAUGAAUAUGGCUGCAAGCCCUGUCAGUGUGCUGGUGAUUGUGACCCCUAUACAGGAGACUGUAUGAUAAGGUCUGAAUCCGAUCACAACAGCACAAGAGAAAGUCAUUUAUUUCAAGCAGAGGAGCUUUUCUCAGCCCAUAGUCAUCCAGACAAAUGUGUAUGCAAACAUCAAGCUCUUGGAAAUCGCAAAGUAUUCUGCAACAUUAAAUAUGCUUAUGCAAUAAAGGUGAGAGUGCUGGGUGCUCAUGAUAAGGGGACUCAUGCAGAGGUGGAUGUGAAGGUUCUAAAGGUGUUGUGGGAUAACUCAAGCCUCAGACUCUCUCAUGGAAAUCGAACUCUUUAUCCGGAAUCCUGGACCUCACAAGGCUGCACCUGCCCUGUCCUAUACCCUGGGAUGGAAUAUCUCGUAGUGGGACAUGAGGAUGUGAGAAAAGGUCAUCUCAUGGUUAACAUUAAGAGUUUGGUGAAGCCGUGGAGACCCAGCAUGAGUCGAAAAGUCCAUCAGUUUCUCAAAACCAAAUGUAGCUGAGAGAAAUAGAGAGAGACAUUUAAAACAGAUCUUUCAUGGCAAAUGUCAACUUAGCCUUUUAUUUCGAUCACCCUCUUGUACUGAAUAAUGCAAUUAAACCAGCUGUAUAUGUGGAUGUACUGUAAAUGAGCACUGUACAGAAUGUAUAAUGUAUGUAUAUGAGAUGAUAUGUGUAGUGUAUUGUUACAACUAACUACAUACUGUAUAUAG